ACUGAUAGUUUAGCAACAAACGUUAUUUUAAGUUAGGCCUAUUUUCAAGAGACGGAAGUGUGAAAUGCACUUCAAACGUAUAUGGAUUGUUCAAGUUCUCUACCUCUCUCUACUUUUCGUUAAAGCGUACACCUACGAAUUCAAGGUCACAGUUCCAAGUUCCCUGGUGGUCACUCUUGGCGAGCCUGUGGUCUUGCCCUGCAGUUUCUCCGUUGGGAACGCCUGGCAGCCAGAAGGCAUUGUUAUCACUUGGCAACGGGGACUUGAAGUGGUUCACAGUUUUUAUUACAAUCGGGACCAGCUCAAGCGCCAGAGCCCACACUAUGCCAAACGGACCCACCUGUACCACUCAGAGAUGCAGAAGGGCAACGCAUCUCUCAUGCUGGAGAAUAUCACCAUGGACGACGUAGGGGAAUACGUCUGCUCUGUGAGCUCACAGCUGGGCAGUGAGAAGAAGAGCUUCCCCUUAAAAGUGGCAGCACCAUAUUCAGAGCCAGUGCUGCAGUUCUCUGUUCGUUCUGGAAGUGUGAAGCUUCUCCUAACUGCAGGCGGAGGAUUCCCAGCUCCCACCUUGCACUGGCUUCGAGACCAUGAAGACCUCACCAACAGCACAGAGACAGAUGUCACACAGGAUACACUGUCAGGACUUUAUACAGUGUCCAGUUCUUUGACUCUCAAAGGGAACUCCAAUGCCACCCUCACAUUUAUACUGAAGAAUGAGGAUCUCGUGCAGGAGAUCAGGAGAAACAUCAGUCUGUUAUCUGAAUAUGAAGAAGAUACUUCCAACGGCAGUCAUGGUUUUCAGCGGCAGAGAGAGUUCAUUCUCCUUCCUAUACUAUUUACAUUUUUCUUCCUGGCUAUUCUUGGAUUAUUUCUGUUAUUUCAGUCAAACAGAACUAAAAAAAUCUUCCUCAAGACAGAAAAAUGUAUUUGUCAUGGUGGCACAACAUGAAGAACUUCAAACCCCUACAAAGGACUAGAUGCUAUGCAUAGUUUAUAUUUAUAUUUAAAUUAUUAGUUGACACUUUUGUCCAAAACAACAUACGUUAUAUUUUAACCAAGGACCAAACUAAACAAGCCAAAGAGGUUGCUCACCCCUACAUUUAGCAUUCCCAGAGAAACUCCACACAGGGUUUUGUUUUUGUUUAGGGGACAGGCUGCCCCCACUUUGUUUCCAGUUUUUGGAGCAUGGGCUGCCUACAGAGACAGAGGUUUUUUACAGUGUCAUGGAAUGGGCAGCUAGUGGAUCAAGAGGAGAUGAUUGCUGAAUGUAACAAUGUUAUGGGCUUGAAAUGAUUCCGCAUUUCUUACUGAACAGGAGGGUAUUCCAUCAACGCUGAUAAUGAAAGCGGCGCUUAACCGAAAUAGCCUGCGUAGACUUUCACUUGAGGCUUAAGCUGUUCCAUUAACUCAAGUUAGCAGCAUCUUGCCUUAGUUUCCCUAAGGCUUAGGUCAGCUUGCAUUUCUGCUUCUGUACAAGUAAAAAAAUAUCCCAAAACAGUAGAUUGACGAAAAGAAGAUAUAUGUUGUAAAAGUAAGGGAAACUAAAGGAUUUCAAUUUGAAUUCAGAUACUGAGAAUUUCCGUAAGCCACAGUAAUGGAACAGAACUCUCACUUAAAUUAGUGAGACUAAUCGAAAUAAGCCAGGAUUUGCCUUUAGCUUGCUUGAUGGAAUACCCUCCAGGAGACUUUCAUAUUAUUACAAGUAUUAGUGUAUAUUCAUUUCAACACAAUGAUAUGGCAACAUUGAACAAAAAACUAUUUGCUACAAAGGGCAUAGACAUAGCUUCUUGCUUAUAAUGUGAAGUGAAAAAACUUUCUACAGAGAAAAUGAAUUCUGUUUUACUGAAAAAAACUGAAAUAUGCCACAUUUGUAUCUGUCUGGUACAGUAUUUAUUUUCAUACUUCACUGUAAAACUGGUAUUUUUUACAGUUACAUUGAAUGUUUUUUAUUGGUGUCGAGCUGGUGGUUUUCUAUAUGGGUAAGGCUAUUUGCACCCCCGGUACAAUUAGCAAUGUAUGCUAUUCGUACCCUGGUGCAAUAAGAAGUGAAUUCUAUUCGUACCCCGGUGCACACAGCAAUGUGUCCUAUUAGUAUUAGAACAAACUGAUGGUUGCAUGUGUUCACAAUAAAACACAAUUUUUAAAUCUAAAA